AGUUUGUAUUUUUAUUAAAAACAGACAUUUUGAUGGUUGUUUUGCUUAAAAUUGCUAUAUAACUCUAAUUUAGACAUUUAUAUAGUUAAACUGGAAUUUGAGAUCCUUAAAAGCUGUCUUGGUAACUAUAUUGAUACUUAAGUUAGUCGUCAUGUUGCUAUCAAGCUGAUUACUUCAAGAAAAAGAACAGUUUUUUAAAUAAGAUCUUUAAAAGUGUCUGUUAGAAUUGAACUUAACGGUCAGUUUAAAGAAGACGCGGUAUUUCUUUCAUUUAUUUGUUCGUGUGUCGUAAAAGUUCUUUUUCUCAAUUCUACGUUUUUCAUCAUCGUAAAAUGUUCAAACAGGUUGGUUAUAAAGACAACAAAACAGGAAUUCAAUCUUUAUCAGAAAAUUUAUUUUCACGCAAGAAACUACUUUGCGAAAUUCAACAUUUUUUUUUACAAGAUGCAAACAACUCAACUUUAGUAUUAUAUGGAAUGUCGGGUGUCGGAAAAACACAUCUUGCAAGAAAAUAUUGUGAAAUAUCUUAUAACUUAUAUAAAAACUUUGUUUGGAUUGACGCAGCAUUUGGAAUGUUACAAACUUCAAUAAGAAACCAAUGUCAAAUAUUAGGAUAUGAGGUUCAUGAUUCAAAAGGAGAAUACUUUAAUAUAAAAGUGAUUGUUGAAAAAAUUCACAACUAUUAUAAAAAUGAAAAGACUUUGUAUAUUUUUGACAAUGUCGACGAUGAAAGUGUUAAAAAUUUAUCAAUGUACAUUUCAAAAAAACCGAAAUCAUUCACGUUGAUUACCUCCCAAUGGAGAACUUGGUCGAAUAAUGUAAAUAAAAUGUUAGUUGAUAUUUUUUCUUUAAAAGAAGCAUUUACUUAUGUAAAAAAAAAUAUUAAAGAAAACAGCGACGAAAACAUAAAAAACUUAAUUAAAGAACUUGGUUAUCAUCCGUUUGCAAUUACUCAAGCAAUAAAAUAUAUAAAUAUACAUAAAAUUUCGAUAGAAAAAUACAUUGAUCGAUAUAGAUCGAAACCAUCAGAAAUAUUAGACAAUAAUAACUUUCCAACCGAAGAAGAAUCAAAGUCUGCAAUAAAAGCAAUCAACUUAGUUUUAAUAAAAUUAGAAAAAACUAAACCUUUUCCAUUUAAAAUAUUAAACUGUUUAUCUCAUUGCGACGGUCAAAACAUCAGUAAACAGUUUAUAACAAAAAUCUCAAAUCAAAUGGAAACAAACGAUGAAUCUUUAAUAGAUGAAGCUAUUGGAUUACUAAUGAGUUAUUCUUUACUAAACUGUUUUGACGAUAAAAAAUAUACAAUACACGAACUGACACAGUUAACAUGUCAAUGUUUUCAAAAAAGAAAUUCAAGUACAAAUGCAUAUCUUGAUUUAAUUGAAAAUUGUUUUAAAGUUGAAUUAAAUGAAGUAAAAGAUCACAUAGAUUACGGAAAUCAUUUUGUUUUUCAAUUUAUCUAUAUGUUUCACACUAACGGAAAAAAACUUUCGGAAACCUUCCAUCAUAUGACGACUUCUAUUCAAAGGUUAUUAGUAUGUAAAGGUUUAUUUGAAGAAGCAAUCGAAAUAUUAAAAGCUGUUCAAAAAUUUAAUACAGAAACUUAUGGUGAAAAUAACAUAAUCACGCUUGAUACAAAAGAUAAUAUCGCAAGCUGUUUGAACAAAAUGGGAAAAUAUAACGAAGCUUUAGAAAUUUUAUAUUCUGUUGAUAAAAUACAAACUGAAAUUUUAGGUAUCAACCAUCCGGAUACAAUGACAACAAAACAUAAUAUCGCACUCUGUUUGGACAAUAUGGGAAAAUAUAACGAAAAACAAAACUUUGAAUUUGAAGAAUCAGAUUCUGAUUCAGAAAAUAGUUCUGAUGAAACUUAUUUUAUAUGUGAUGAACUUGAUCAAUCUGAAGAAAUUCAAGACAAACCUAUAAUUCCAAUUCCUUCAAAAACAGCACAAAUUAUGGAAUUGUAUAAAGAUAAACUGAAGUGGACUAAUUAUGUUCCAACUUACAGCGAUAUUAUUUAUAAUGAUUAUCCUCCUAUAGAUAGUUUUUUUGUUAAAAAACAUAACAAAAAUAGAAAAUUUAGUUCUAAAGAACCAUUUAAUGUUGAAAUUAAUUUUACUGAAAAUGGAAAACCUUCUACAAUUCAUUUUGUAGAAAAAUUAUCUACUAGCACAAUGGCACUUGGAGCUGUUGGUAUUGGCUUUUUAACAACAAUAGUUGGAUCACCUAUAGCUAUUGGAUGUGAAAUUGCAGCAUUAAAACUUGAAAAGUUUCAAACUAUGAUUGAACAAAUUAGAACAAAAUCUAAGAAUGAUAUAGAUAAGCAGACUAAAGAGUCAAUAUUUAAUAAAGGAAUAGAAAAAGGCAAAAGUGAGGUUAUUGAAGUGUUAAAUAUGAGGUUCAACAAGAAUCAAAUAACUAUUGAAGGUGAUGAUAUAACUAUUAAAGGUAAAAAAUACACUGGUACACCUGGUCUUUGGGAGAUUAUAGUAAAAUCUCAUCCUGUUAGAUAUACUAACGAUAAUCGUAAUAAGUAUAAAGAAAUUUUAGAUCAAACAGAUGCAAUUCGCUCUCAUUUAAAUUCAGCUAAACCAAGAUCAUCUAGAAGUUAUAAAUACACUCAUACAAUAAAACCUAUUUGGGAAGAGAUGAUUGGAAUAUCUGGAAAAGGAGUUAUCAUUGAACAAAUAAUUCUUCCUAGUGAUCCAAAUGCACUAUUUGAUAUGCUUAAAUUACGCUUAGCUGCUUUACAAGCAGGUAAAACUGGAGCUAGAAAUGAAGCUGUUGCUAUUUGUGAGGAGCUGUUAAGGCAAGGUCAAAUAGAUGAUGAUGAGAAAAAAGCAUUACAGAAUGCAAUAAACUUAAAGUGA